AUGGCAGGCAAGGCCCACGAAACAUAUCAACAGGCCCAGGCAGAUCUUAGCAUUACAGGCCUGAUGCAGUUAAAUUUUAGUUAUGGAAAUUCACUAUCUCAGAAUGGAAAUAAAGAACGUCGUGGUCCUCGUCCAAUAUGCCGUAAAAAUGGACAGUGGGGUCGAGAUUGUCGUGCUGAUAUUGUUGGUCCUGAGGGGAGUUCUAUUGAGCCAGUUGGCUGGGCAGAAGCAGAUGUGGCCUUAGCGGACCAGACUGUUCGCCAUCCUGUUAUUCUUGCACGUAAAUUCAAUCAAAAAGUGUUGUUUGGGACUGAUUUUAUGUUCUAAAUUACCCAGUUCCGGAUAUUCAGGAUCGAAAGUAUUGGUUAAGGGAGGGUCCACCCCCCCUUUUUAUUUCAAUAUGUUGUACAGUUCGAUGGGCCACGCCACAAAAACCCCCCUUUAUAGGGUUACAAACUUAAAAAAAGUGAUCAAAAUUGAGUUACAAAGUUUUUUUUCCAGUGUAUUUUGCUCGGAAAUGAAAAAGUAUUUUGAAAAAAAGCUUGCCAAAAAUGCUGCAAAAACGAUGCAUGGUGGAAAAAAGCUUUUGGUACAAAAAAUGUGCGCAAUGGCCGACUGCGGGGGGUAACGUUGUCUGAUUUUUAAAAUUUUCUUCCAUAUGUUUUAAAUUUAAAUCCUUUUAAAAUUUAAAAUUUAAAAAAAUUUAAAUUUCAUUUUUUACAAAAUUUUUCCAUUAACUCUGAAAAAUAGGCAAAGCUACCCCCCGUAGUCGACCAUUGCGCACAAUUUUUGUAGCAGGACUUUUACUCCAUCAUGCUUCGUUAUUGCAGGAUCUUUGGCAAGAGUUUCACACUGCAGUUAAGGAUUGGGUCAUCACACUUUAUCAAACUAUGUCAGUUUAAAAAGAACGAUUGAAUAUGAAUUUGAAGGAUUGUAACAUGGUGGCUAGAUAGCCCAAAGUGUUCUCUGCAAUUCUACACAAGACCGAUCUCUCUAUCUGUUGUGGUUCUAGAAUAGCAGGCCUUUCCUCAAGAGGAAUGGUAACGAAUUACGGGUGACUCCAGAAAAUGCCCGCUAAUCGCGAACCUUAAUAGAUACAGAGGUUGGUCUUGCGCAGAAUAGUGGAAAACACUUUGGGCUAUCUAGUCACCAUGUUAUAAUUAAAAAUCCAUCUCAGGUUCAGAAUCUGGCAACCUCAUUGCUUUUCAUCUGUCAGGUACACCACCUGAAAAACCAAGAUUUUUAGCACCAAAUAUAUGUGAAGAUAGAAUAAAGCCUUCUCAACAGAAUGCUGAAAAUCGAACUCUUAAUCUCUUUUCGUUCUCGAGUUAUUUAAAAAACAUCCAUGACCGCUGUAUUGAGAAAGCAUAGUAGAAACCCCGUUUGCCUGAAACUAAGUACAAAUAACUGCUUAUGCGUAAGUUUUUGAAAAGAUAAACACAGGGCUUUGUAGGGCUUGGAAAUCUCUGUCGAAUGACGUAUUAUUUUACCUUUUCUAAUAAACCAUUAAUUUGCAAAUAAAACUGUAAGGUACCAGAGUGAUAUUAAUUAUUAUUCAUUAGUAUGAUAAAUUAUAAAUUAUUGUCUCAAAAAAACUUUUUUUCAAAUUUUUUUCAUUAAACCAUAACAACAGACCAUUGACUAUCAAGCAAUGCGUAAAUGACUUUUCUACGAUUAUUUUGGACUAAGCUACAAGUUUUUUAAAAUGAGGACUAGGACUUUAAAUUUUUAUUAAAAUUUAAACUUAAUUAAUUAAUAACUCUGCGAAUACUUAUCAGUUCAUCGAACGAACUUAAGGAUAUAUGUAGUCAGGUGUCCUCUUUAAAUUGACAAAGUUUGAAGGUACAUAUAUGGGGGGUGGCCCCUCCCCCCCUUAAGGGGGGGUCCCCCCAUUUAGAUUUUUCUCCAGCGUUCCCAGUUUGUAGAGGAUACUUCGAAGUAUAUGUCCUGACGCUAUUUGGCUGAGAAAAAAAUUAAUUACUUAAAAAAAUGUUGUUAAAUUUUUGAGCACGGGGUUAUUACAAAAAAAAUUCCUGUCCAUUCUCCAUUCAUCACAAAAGCUUGGUUCUUGCCUAGAUCAAUAGAGAAAUGUGUGGAGAAUAUUUACGACGAGAAAAUAUGUAAAAAGUUUUGUUCUUUCCUUCCGGUUAUUGACUAAUUAGUACUAAUUAACGUUAAUUUAGCCUACUCUACUACCUUAAAGUCCCAUUUGCAAAAUAAGGACUCAACGAAAAAUUUCAAGUAAUAUCUCAUCUGAUAGAGAAUUUCACGAGCUACAAGACAGGCUACCUUAGAAGUUUUAGAAUUCAUUUUUGGCUGCUGAGUAGGCCUGGUUUCUUUCUCCACUAAAGAAUUGAUCAGGCUUUAUGAGCGCAUGAAGUUUUUUCACACCUUUUUUCAAGACUUGGG